AUUUCACUAUAAAUACGUUAAUUUAAAUUUCGAAUAUUUGAAAAUUUUUAAUUCAAUUUCUUUUUACCUUGGAAAAAAGUUAGCAUUGGUUAGGAUGGCAUUUACGUCAUUGUUAUCUAUCCGCUAGAUGGCUGCGUAGACGACUGACGUAAAGCAAGACGUCACAAAAUGGAUGGAAAAGACAAUUUUGUGUCUUUGCCUCAUUGGGAAGGAAUUGUUCAUCUAGGAAACCUCGACAGUUGCUACUCUUCUGAUGUAAUGGUUAUUAAUUGACACUAUGUCCGGCAUAUUAGGAUAUCAUGUCGGCGAAGCUAUUCGUGUUCGAGUUCAGAUGUCGCCACACGUCGAAAGGAAAUUUAGUGUCGACCCCGAAAUUACUUCUUUUGAUAUGUUGCAGUCACUUCUGGCGAAAAUUUACGACAUAGAAGGGGAUUUUAACAUCAGUUAUAUGAUGGGAAAUUCUGAAUACCUUCCUUUGGCUUCCGACUGGGAUUUAGAUGCCGCAUUUGCCGCAGCAUCUCACCCUUUUCUUCAGUUAAGAAUCGAAACUCUUCCACGAGAUAAAGCUUUGGACGAAUGGGACAUAAUCGCUCCAAUUGACGUGCCUUUUCUCUCCUCCGAUUCUGGACUAAAAUCUUCACUUGCCAAUUCUUUCUUGAAUCAAAUGGAAAAGACUUUUACGUUCUUGCAGAAGGCCUUUCACUUAAACGAUAACAACCCUGGAGCUAAUCAAAAGAAUCCUAUGAACAAUACGGAAUUCCAUACAUAUUUUGAUAGUGAUGGCCGCUUGAUUCGGCCGAAAGAACUACGCUUGUCUGUUUAUCAGGGUGGCAUCGAACCAUCUCUUCGAUCUGUCGUCUGGAAGCACAUUUUAAACGUCUACAGCGAAAAUCUCAGCCAAUCGGAACAGCUGGCUUAUUUAGCUAGGAAGAACGAAGAGUAUGAAAAACUCCGAGACAGUUGGACUCGUUUGCAGGAUCAUUUAACGGACGAAGCGAAACGUCUCAGUAAUAAUGUUUGGAAGGACGUUCUACGUACCGAUAGGACUCAUAAAUUUUAUUCCGGAAGCGAUAAUAAAAAUUUAACAUCCCUAUUUAAUAUAUUAACAACGUACGCGCUCACUCAUCCCUCCGUUUCCUACUGUCAGGGGAUGAGCGAUAUUGUUUCUCCAUUAUUGGUGGUCAUGAAGCACGAAGGACACACGUAUCUCUGCUUUUGUUCUUUAAUGGAGCGGCUUAAAAGUAACUUUGACCACGAUGGCCGAUCGAUGAUGCUGAAGUUUAAUCAUCUCUCCUUACUUCUUCAGCAUUACGAUCCAGAAUUUCAUCGUUAUCUUAAGAAACAGGGUGCUACGGAUCUCAUUUUCUGUUACCGGUGGCUGCUACUCGAACUGAAAAGGGAAUUCGCCUUUGAUGAUGCGUUACAUAUGUUGGAGGUGUUAUGGAGUUCGCUUCCACCUUCAUCUAGGACUGAAGUAUCGUUGAGUGAGGUUGACGACUUCUCUCUUUCUUUGACAAUUGACGAACGAAGCAGACACAGCAGCGGUUACGAAACCGCUGUGGAGAGUAGCGGCAAUAGUAAUGACAGUAACAACAGCUCGGAUGCGUUAUGGAAGGAACAUUUCUGCGAAAGUCAGUGUACUGUUUUAGAUAGCGACGAAAGGAACCACGUUACGAACUGCUUAGCAACACAUUCCUGCGAUUGUUUGUUGGAAGGUGUUAGGAGGAGGCGAUUUUCUCUAGAUCACUGUCUACGUAAUGAUUUAAGUUCCAGCGGGCGUUACGACGAUUACUUCAAUACUUAUCCGCCUACAUCGAAGGCUAGCGAAGGUUACAUAUCAGAAGAAGAAAGCAAUUCGGGCGAUUACACUUUAUUGGAAGAAAAAUGUGCCUUCAUAGAUUCGGGAAUGACUGAUUUAUCUUGCAGGGAUCGAUUUACAUUACCCGAUCCUCAGGAUUUAGCGGGAGGGAAUCCUUUUCUUCUCUUCCUCUGCUUAACCAUCCUUCUCCAGCAUAGGGACGUUAUUAUAGCCAAACAGAUGGACUAUAACGAUAUGGCUAUGCAUUUUGAUAAGCUGGUAAGGAAGCAUAAUGUACAGAGGGUAUUGAGUAAGGCAAGGAGUCUUUUCGCGGAAUAUUUAAAGUCCAGAUGGCAAGAGAAUUCUGAUGAUUACACAAUAUGGAAUAUCAGAUCUUAAUUAUGUACCUGUAUAUUUUUUGUACAGAAUCCAUUUUUUAAUGAAGAGAGAUGUGUUCAUAAUGUACUGUACAUAAUAUUCGCGAAUUUUUUUAAUUGUAAAAGAAAAUAAGCAUUAUUUAACAAGAUCGGUCUGGUAUUCGUUAAAGAAGAGCAAUAAAACUGUUUUUAAUUAUUUUAUUUUUGAACAAAA